UCCUCCUUUAGACACCUAAACCUUCACGAAAACCAUGCACUAAGAAAAUAUUAAUCUUAUCUUAUCUAAGGAGCACAGAGUGCUUCUCUCAUCGACAAAAUUAUAUAUUUGGUAUAAACCCUCCGAUCCAUUUUACCCAACCAUAAUGUGUGCACCAUCAAAAUCUGAAGAGAAUCGUAUUGACAAAACCUCUCAACCUCCUCCAAUAUCUUCGCCUACCACCCAAAUAUGGCCAGCAAAUCUUAUGCAAAUGAUUCUUUUGGAGAUAAAAACACAGCGAGGGAUGGCUCUGCCCUUGUUGGCAAUGAAUUUGACAUGGUUUGCCAAAUCAGCCAUCACAACUGCAUUUCUAGGCAGACUUGGAGAGCUCCAGUUAGCUGGUGGCGCUCUUGGGUUCACUUUUGCUAAUUUCACUGGUUUUUCUGUCUUGAAUGGGCUAUGUGGUGCCAUGGAACCUAUCUGUGGUCAAGCUUAUGGAGCUAAAAAUUUCAAGCUACUACACAAGACCCUCCUCAUGGCAACUUUCUUGUUGCUAAUUGCAACCCUGCCUAUAUCUUUCUUGUGGCUUAACAUGGACAAGAUUCUAGUCUAUUUUGGCCAACAAGAAGACAUUUCACGUGUUGCAAAGAACUACCUUUUUUAUCUCCUCCCCGACUUAAUAAUCACCUGCUUGCUUUGUCCUCUCAAAGCAUACUUGAGCUCCCAAAGUGUAACAGUCCCUAUAAUGUUCAGCUCUGCUUUGGGCCUAGCUUUUCACAUCCCGAUCAACAUCUUACUAGCAAAAGCCAAGGGUCUUGAGGGAGUGUCUAUGGCAAUAUGGAUAACGGAUCUUAUAGUCGUGAUUUUACUUACUUUAUACGUGCUGAUAAUGGAAAACAGGAAAGGAGGGAAGUGGAAGGAGGGAGGGUGGUUAGAUCAAGAUAUUCAUGACUGGCUCAGGUUGCUAAAACUUUGUGCACCAUGUUGCCUUACCACCUGCCUUGAAUGGUGGUGCUGGGAGAUCUUGGUCUUGCUUACAGGACGACUACCAAAUGCCAGGCAAGCAGUCGGAGUGGUAGCAAUUGUGAUGAACUUUGACUACUUGCUCUUCUCUGUGAUGCUAUCGCUUGCAACUUGUGCUUCCACUCGUGUGUCAAAUGAGCUUGGUGCAAAUCAAGCAGGUCGUGCUUACCAAUCUGCAUAUGUGUCUCUGGGAGCAAGCACCGUUUCAGGUUGCGUUGGUGCCUUGGUGAUGAUAGGGGCUAGAGGUGUUUGGGGGUCUCUGUUUACCCAUGAUCAGGGGAUCAGGAAAGGUGUAAAGAAGAUGAUGUUGCUUAUGGCUUUGAUUGAAGUGGUAAAUUUUCCUUUAGCAGUUUGCGGAGGCAUAGCCCGGGGAACAGCUAGGCCAUGGUUGAGCACCUAUGCCAAUCUUGGCGGGUUCUAUUUUCUAGCCGUGCCAAUAGCAAUACUCUUAGCCUUUAAAGCAGCCCUAGGCCUCGGUGGGUUGUUGAUAGGCUUCUUGAUUGGAUUAGCUGCGUGCUUGAUUUUGUUAGUAGGUUUCGUUGUUAGGAUUGAUUGGCAAGUAGAAGCCGACAAGGCACAAAAACUUGCGUCCUGUGACGUGCAAGAGGAUGUUAGGAUUAAAGAAUGCGUGAACCACCGAACUAUAGAAACAGAAGAUGGUGCUGAAGUAUGAGAGUGACUAGAACACAAGUGUCUUUUCCAAGUAUCCCCACCGUAAACGCAGGAUUUCCUGGUAUAAUUGGAAAAGGAUGACUCAACUCUAGGAAAAUUAAAUGUAAGGCAAACUCAAUUAACAAAAUUCCCUGAUGGAACUUCUAACAUUCAGGAUUC